GAAAUCAUCAGUUCAGUUGUGGAGCGCUCGAGAUCGUCUACCAGUUUUACGCUCAAACAGUUCGACAACAAGAUGAAGGGAUUCGUGGUGUUUGCGAUGGCCAUUGCGCUGGCGGCUAGUGCCGCGGUGGACAGUAAGAACGCUGAGGCAUCGGCUGCUGCUGCUGCUCCCGAAGCGGAGAAGAAACAGGAUAAGCGUGGCCUGGACUGGGAUCUCGGCUAUGGACUCGAGUCGCACGGCUGGGAGUCACCGAAGCUGUCGCACGGUUGGGAGGAACCAGCGCACAUCACCACCAUCAAGAAGGUGCACGUCCCGUAUCCAGUUGAGGUUGAGAAGCAUGUCCCGUACCCAGUGAAGGUGCCAUACCCAGUGCAUGUUGAGAAGAAGGUCCCGGUCGUCGUUGAGAAGAAGGUUCCGGUGUACGUCGAGAAGCACGUCCCGGUGCACGUUGAUCGGCCCGUCCCGUACCCAGUGAAGGUUCCGGUCAAGGUGAUCCAGAAGGAGUACGUCGAGGUGCCGAAGCCCUACCCAGUGCACAUCGAGAAGCACGUCCCGGUCGUCGUGAAGAAGCCCGUCUACGUCGAGAAGCAUGUGCCAGUUGUGGUGAAGUCGCACGGCUGGGAACCUCAUUCCCACUCGUACUCCGAGUUCCACUCCUGGUAAAUGUGGACCCUGUAAAGCUGGACCCUAUAUUCUGGAGCUAGCUAGCUGGCUAGCUGACGGAUGAGCUCUCAGUGCGGCAGCACCGCUGCCUCAAGUACUUUCCACUCCCGCGGAUCCGUCGGGAUACAUCCAAUACUCUCAUUUUCAACGCUCAUAUAUGUAUCUACUAUACAGACACACUCACACGAAGAACACGCACCACUACCAACUGUUUCCUGCACUGUGAUUCUCAGAUUUGGCAACAACGUUCCCCGCUUGUCAGCGCGUUGAAGUCUUUCGUCUAGAUGUCAGCCGCUCAAGCUAUCAAGCCCUUUUUGAUCGCUCUUUCGGGAGUUUAUAUUGUAAAAUUUGUCUCUUUAACCGUUGCCAAUUGUUUGCCAGUAUGUUUCCAGUAACAGUACGCAAAACAACACAACAAACGUAACACAAGCAAAACAGCGCUCGACGCGACAUGGUCGUCAUCAAGACGCCACGCCACGCCACGUUCCUUCUUCUUUUCCAACUUGUUGUCCAAAUGUAUAUAAAUUAUUCUACACCUACCUACC